UUAUACAAUCAUGUCAACCACAAUGCAGCUGCCGGCGUUCUUGAAUUUGGAAACUUUCACACUGCCUCGCGACACUCUUCGGGAACGCGUGUUCUUCAGCCCCAGAACCAUAGCUGCAGCUAUCUCGAAAGGCUGUUCUAAGAACGAGAUGAAGAAUUACCUCCAAAGCCACGAUCGCGGACUUGUCGAAAGCCAGAUUUCAGACAACAUCAACGACCGUUACUCCGCCGUGUUCUACGCAGCAAGGAGAAAUGCUGUAGACGUUAUGGAGCUUCUUCUCGAGCACGGAGCUAGCCCUCAAGCAAAAGACCCAUCGAACCUUCCUCUUCUUGCAGCCCUCAUCAUGUACUCAAGAAGGACCUACAAGAAUGUCGACAAGAUGGUUGCUCUGUUGCUUUCUUACGGUGCUAAUCCUCACUGCGUACCAGAGUACAUGUGGUCAGUCUACAUCAAGAUGCCGUCCGAAGGGUAUUCCAAAGACAACCCUACCCGUUCAUUGGCUGCCUGGGCCAAGAAGCAACAUCGGGUGGUUCUCGAAGAGGCCUUGAACCUCACAAUCCGCUAUCAUCUGCAUCGUGCAAGUCUGACGAAGAUUGCUACGAAGAAACAACGCCAGUUGGCUCAACUUUUCGGAUGUCCGCGCAUCCUUCACUUGCCGUUGCAUAUUGUCGGCCAGGAUCAUACUCUUGAGGUGGUCAUGAACAAGAUUCUCUCUUACAAUGCGAUGAACAGGAGACGACCUUUGGUCCUCACGUUCGCUGGUCUUUCGAGACACGGCAAGACGGAGCUUGCAACCAGCCUCGGAUAUCUCCUGGGUACAGAGAUAUGCAACAUCGACAUGAGCAAGAUGCAACACGCGAUGAGUCUGUUCGGCGCUGCUGCACCAUUUGCGGGAUCUCGCGAAGGAUCUCCUCUGGACAACUACUUGGCCAGCCAUACAGCUGAGAGAUGUGUCGUGUUCUUGGACGAGUUCGACAAGACCGACCAGGAACUUUUGCAUAGUGUUGGAAUGUAUUUGCGCUCAAAUGCAGUGAUCGAUGUUUCCAAGUCCGUUUGGAUUCUCGUGUCCAAUAAAGGGGACGGCCUUGUCUCGAAGUUCUACAACAAGAACCUUAAGGGUAAGAGUGACCGUGAAAAGCGGCAAGUGUCGAUCAAACCUCUCGAGCGAGAUCUUUCCAGACUUUUCGUCGAAGAAUACACUGUAAACCAAAANCCUGCUGUGGCCAGACGUGUUGAUAGUUUCUUGCCCCCUUUACCCUUCAGUCGCGACGAACCUGCCGUGAUCCAUCACAAGUUCUUGAGGUCCCUGGAUGAUCAGAUCCGUCUUCCGAUCGAUCUAACAAACAAGCCUCCUCAUCCGGUCUGUCAUCUUCAUCUGUCACUCGUAAGAGACGGAGACCUCUGCAAACUUCUCUCUGAAAACUACUACGUUCGUGACCUGAGAGCGAGAUCGAUUCACAACUGUGUUGAUGGCCUUGCUGAUGAGCUGCACUGCCUCAGACGANNCGAGAUUACUGAAGUCACCAAUGAUCAGCCUUAUGUCNNAUAUACGAUGCAGCUUCAUCCCAUCGACCAGACCUUCGAGGUGGCAAUCCGCGAGGAUGGCGAGACUCUGAUCCCGUCUGAUUGGUUCUCGCCAUGGCGUGGUUGUUGCUUCUCCCAUCAC